UAGAAUUUAAUGUGUGUUGGCUGGUUGGCCUGAAGAGAUAUACGACAAUGACACAACCUACACAACCGGAGUGAUUGUAUAAGUUAAGACUUUUGUCGUAUUAUACAUUAUUGUACAGAUACUUUAUAAUAAAAAAUAGGUUAAAAUAAAUAAUUAAUAGAAUGGCAUUAAAUCCGCAGUACGAAGUAAUUGGCAGAGGUUUUGUACAACAAUACUAUGCAAUGUUCGAUGAUCCAGUGCAAAGAGCAAACUUAAGAAAUAUUUAUAACAAUGAAUCAUUCAUGACAUUUGAAGGUAAACAAAUGCAGGGUGUUACAAAAAUCGUGGAAGAAUUGAAUAAUUUGAGGUUUCAAAAAAUCAAUCGAAUAAUCACGGCCAUUGAUUCGCAACCAAUGUUGGAUGGUGGGAUACUAAUUAAUGUUUUAGGAAGGCUACAGACUGACGAAGAUCGACCACAUGCUUUUAUUCAACUUUUCGUAUUGAAACCAAUAGAAAGUUCAUUCUUUUGUCAACACGAUAUUUUUCGACUAAGUAUACAUGACACAGCCUGAUGGAAUAAGUUUAUUUGGUUUUACAUAUGACCGAACGAUGUUGCGUUGCAUAAUGCAAAUUGAAAACACUGCAGCCGAAUGUAUAUGUUCAGAAUUAAUUCUUCUUACAAAUUACCACAAUGCAGUCAAAAAUUUUUAAUACACUGUUUUUAUAUAUAAAAAAGAUUUGCUUCAAAGAAAACCUAUUGUAAUUUGAAAAUUUUCAAAUAAAGUGAAUUUGUUACUAAUCUAAA